GGCAUGGGUAGCCAUUACAGCAGCCCCACCGUUAGUAUGCCAAGCCAGCAGCAGCUCCAGCUCCAGAUAAUCAGAUGACGGAGCUGAAAAAAAUUUUAGCGGCAUUCAUGACUACCAGCCAGGCAAAUUUCGCCAGGAUAGACCAGAGCAUCGCCUCGCUGGAGGCAGCUCAGAGGAACCAAGGUGCUAUACUACAGGACCUCCAACAGCAGAUUGGAGGAAUAGCCAGCCAGAAAAACACUAGGGCACCGGGGACUCUGCCUGCCACCACCAUCCCUAAUCCUCGCGAGCCGCACCAGCAGCUGGAUGCCAUCUUCACUAGGAGUGGCAGGCCAACAUCGGCUACACCUGCCCAGGCAAGGCAGGAAGAACCACUCUCUACUUCAGCACUUCCAGCCAACGAUGCAGAAGUGCGGGUGGAAAAGGUAGCCCCUACUCCCAAGCCACAACCAGUGGUUAAGGAGCAUGUACCCCAGCUUCCCUUCCCCGCUCGCCUACACAAAGACAAGCUGGAGACUGAGUUUGCUAAGUUUAUGGCAAUAUUGAAGCAGCUCAACAUCAGCAUACCGUUUGUGGAGGCACUGUCGAAGAUGCCCAAGUACGCGAAGUUCAUGAAAGAUCUCCUCACCAACAAGAAGAAACUUGGGGAUCUCUCGACAAUGUUGCUGAGCGAGGAGUGUUCUGCUAUCCUGCAGAACAAGCUGCCCGAAAAGCGCAAGGACCCAGGGAGUUUUACUAUCCCUCUUACUAUUGGCGGCAUGCAUGUAGGCAAGUCCUUGGAGGACCUAAGCGCUAGCAUAAAUCUCAUGCCAUAUAAGUUGUUUAAAGAGCUAGACCUAGGUGAACUUAGCCCUACUAGGAUGAGCAUUCAGCUAGCUGACCGUUCCAUUGUGCAUCAUAGGGGGAUCAUAGAGGAUCUGCUUGUUAAUGUAGGUGCAUUCACAUAUCCUGUUGAUUUUGUUAUUCUUGAUAUACAUGAGGAUAUGGAUGUGCCUUUGAUUCUGGGUAGACCAUUUCUUUCCUCUGCCAAGGCACUUAUUUAUGUGCAUGAUGGUAAACUGAUCCAGCGUGCUGGGAAUGAACAGGCUACUUUUUCUGUGGCUGAAUUAGAUCAGUGUGAUAUGCCUGCUGUCACACCUCUGCAUGCUAUUUCUGACCAGGUACACGAGCAUGUCGUGUACCCCUCUGUGCCUCUCGUUUUGCAGGAUCCCCCUCUCGCACCUUCGCCGCCGCUCCCGUCAACCUCACCGCCGAACAAAAAGAUCAAAGAGGAGUGGCGGCCGAAGCAGCAGGUGGUUAAGCUUGCUCGGAAGAAAGGUGGCGACCACUAUGAGCUGGUCCCACCUCCUGCACCACGACCACCCUGGCCAUCCGAGUACUCACUUGCAUGCAUCUUGCCGGAUGGCCAGGUCGAGCUGACCAAUGCUGGUGGUCGCACCCGUCGGGUGCAUGGCCACAACCUGAAGUUGUACCUCAAGAGCGACGUGGAUCCGCUCUCGGAGGCACUUGUUCCUGCACCUCCCUGAGUAUCCACCAUGGGCGUCCAGCUAAAAGACGGUAAAGAAGCGCUUGUGGGGAGGCAACCCCAUCACGGUUUUCAUUUAUUUCUUUUGUUUUGGGUCGGAUUGCCAUUAGAGUUGGCUUUGGUUUGUUUUCUUUUAGUUUGGAUGAUGUAUUAUUGGGCUGACCAUUGGACCUAACGUAUUGUGUUUGAGCUCUUUGGUGUCCUUUAGCUGUGCUUGUUCCUGACUGGUCCCCUCUCCAGUCCUCUUCGCUCAGACUGGUCCACUUCCAGUCUCACGUAGUCCGUGCACACCGGUAACAUCAUUCCCCUUAUCUUUCCCUCUUCUCCAUUGAGGGCAAUGUCGAUCUUAAGUGUGGGGGGGGGGGGGGUGUUUCUCUUUUGACUACAUUAGAUCUGUUUGUGUGUGCUUGGAGCCUAGUCCACUAUCCAAAUUUUUAAAUUUGGGGGCUCCAAGUACGUGUUCCUUGCAAUUGCCUGCUCAUUAUGCUCUGAAUUGACAGUCUCUAUAGUAAUGUGCAACCUAGGGAGGUAGUGUAGCACUAUGGAGGAUGUUGAUGCAUUUAAGAAGUCUCCUUUCUUCUUCAUAUUGUGUUGGUUGAUUGUGUGAAUUAGUGAUCUUAGGACCCUUAAAUUGUGUGGUGAUGUGGACUCUCUACCUGUCAUGGACUCCUGUAUCAUGUUUUAACAAAAAAUGUGCUAAAAA